AUGGCUGUGGUCAAAAUCCUGUGCUGCUUGCUGCUCAUAUGUCAGCUGAGUGAGGGGAGGAAAAUCAAGGGAAACCGAACAGGUGUAGUGGACACAGACCAGAGGGGCAUCCUGAGACCUAAAGUGCCGUACAUCGGCAAUUCAGUCUUCAGGCUGUACUCAGAGGAAGGGUCCAUGGAGGACACGUGUACGGUGAACCCCCUCCAGCCACACACUCUCACCUCCUGCGGCUUCAACAGCAGUAAUCCCCUCAUCGUCAUCACCCACGGGUGGUCGGUGGAUGGUAUGAUGGAGGGCUGGGUGCUCAGGCUGGCCAAGGUUCUGAAGACUAGUCUAGGACAUGCGAACGUGGUGAUCACCGACUGGCUCACCCUGGCCCACCAACACUAUCCCAUAGCAGCACAAAACACCCGCACUGUCGGACAGGACAUAGCCUACCUGCUGCAAACACUUCAGGAGAAUUUCCAGUUUCCAGCCAAAAAGGUUCAUUUGAUAGGCUACAGCCUUGGUGCUCACAUCUCUGGAUUUGCUGGAAGCUCUCUGGGAGGUUCGGAGAAGAUUGGAAGAAUUACUGGUCUAGAUCCGGCGGGGCCCCUGUUUGAGGGCAUGUCGUCCACAGAUAGACUGUCUCCUGAUGAUGCUGAGUUUGUGGAUGCCAUCCAUACCUUCACUCACGAACGCAUGGGCCUAAGUGUGGGGAUCAAGCAAGCUGUGGCGCACUAUGACUUUUAUCCCAACGGGGGAGCUUUCCAACCUGGAUGUGACUUUCAGAGCCUUUAUCAACACAUAACCGAGUACGGGCUCAUGGGUUUUGAGCAGACGGUGAAAUGUGCUCAUGAGCGAUCGGUCCACCUGUUUAUUGACUCCCUCCUGAAUAAAGACAAGCAGAGCAUGGCCUACAGGUGCAGUGACAACAGUGCUUUUGACAAAGGCGUCUGCCUGGACUGUCGCAAGAACCGCUGCAACACCCUGGGCUAUGACAUCAAGAGGGUCCGCAGCGGCCGCAGCAAGAAGCUGUUCCUCAAAACCCGCUCUCAGAUGCCCUACAAACUCUACCAUUACCAGUUCAGGAUACAGUUUGUGAACCACAUCGAGGGGCUUGAGCCAUCCCUUACCAUCGCUCUGACUGGGACAAAGGGGGAGAGUGGGGACCUCCCCAUCAGCUUCAUUGAGGAGAUUUCGAGCAAUAAGACCUACACCUUCCUGAUCACCCUGGACCGGGACAUUGGGGAGCUGAUGCUGCUCAGAUUCCACUGGGAGGGGCUGGCGCUGUGGACCAACAUGUGGAACCGGGUGCAGACCAUCAUUCCCUGGAGCAGCGCGGGCAACAAACCACUGCUCACAGUGGGCAAGAUCAGCGUCAAAGCGGGCGAAACACAAGAGAGGACGACCUUUUGCGCCAAGACCAACGACGGACAGCACGUUCAAGUGUCUCAAGAGGUGGUGUUUGUGCGCUGCAGGGACGACAGCCCCAGACAGCGCAGAAGAAAGCACACCUAAUGGACUGUGACAGCCU